AUGGCCGCCGACGGCAAAGCAGCCGUCUCGCUGCAAGAGUUGCCAACCGAGCUUGUUGCCCCAAUCCUUAGGCGUGUUGCCGACAUUGCGACACUGGAUAGUCUCAUUCGAGCGUGGCCCGCUGCGUAUCGCGUGUUCGAGUCCAGCGCUGCCGAUAUCACCGAAGCCGUCUUGUCUUCUGGCUACGUAUGCGGGCAUAUCAGAGUCAUUUUCCGCAUCAUUGCCUUGCUACGGUCUGGAACCCUCCCAAUCUCCAACAUGGCCGAUUUUCGACGACGGGUUAUUGUCGAUGCUAUGAGAUACGCAUCUCGCGUGCGCAGCUCGCCCAGCGGAUUCGCCCCGGCCUUGUUAGCCAUGGAGACGCCACCGGCAGUAAUACGCAGUCUGUUGGCGACAUAUCGGCAGAUCAUGCUGGCUUCGCUUGGCUGUCUCACCUACUAUCUUGACCGUUUCAAAACUCUCAAGCCAGAGCAUCCCAUUGACAGGACGAUCAAAAAUCCUGCGUGGAGCGAGCACGUCCCGGCUUGGCAAUCGAGGCCGCAAGGAAGGAAAUUUAACGUCCGGGACGUCGGUCCCCCGUCUUGGACCGAGGAGCAGCGCGUCAACCGGGCUUUCUGGCGUCUGCAGCUUCUCUACGAUCUCAAAAGAGCCGCAUCAAGAGGUUUAUUAGACUGGCUAGACGAUAGCAAGGCUGAACUUUGCGACAUUGUUGCAGUUAGUCGUCCAAUCAAAGAGUCUGCGCAUUUAUGGCGUCGGAACCGCCGCUACGUACACCAAACCUGGGCUGGCUGUUCAGACUUUUACCAUGCCUGGGUGCAUAAUGUUCCAUAUGCGCCAAAUAAUCCGUGCCCCCCCGAGUACGAAGAGCUGAUAUCCGUCGUUGAUUAUGUUGGAACCGUUCAUGGCCAGGAAGCUUCUGAACGGUUGGUUAAAGGCCAAGUAUGCCUAGCAGAGUUACAAGGACCUGUAGAAAUACAUCGAGAAUGGCCGCUAGCAAAGCCUGGCGUAAAGGACUGGAAAACACUCCUUGGCGCAUCCGUGGGCGCCAAACGCUAUUAUUACGGGCAGCAAGGCAAGUCAAUACUGGACAUGGUUGCCUUUGACGCUUUGGGGCGCUAUGGGUUUGCGUUUUGGUCGUGGGAGCGCAUGUUUGCGUAUGGUCUUGCCGCAAGGAGCGAGUCUGAAUAUGAAGACUACCGGGUCACUUAUGCUUGGGAAAGCAUCCUCAGUUCUGAGCAAGUUACGAGGGCGGAAUGGGAAAUAGUGAACAUGAUAUAG